CCAUUUUUGUUUAUCAUGAUGAUGAUGAUCUCUUUCAAUAAUAAUAUUUCAUGUUAUAGCAGCGCUUCGCAGGUACUACUGGAAGACGAUCGUCACCUACUUGGUCCUUGUGGUCCUGAUCAUGAUCAUGAUCAAUCUCAUCAUGGGUAUGAUUCGCAAGCAUAUCCUUCGUAUAACUUCAUGAUCAGUACCAUUUUGAACGACGAGUUUAAGGAGGACUUGAUCGAGGAAAUAACUCAUGAUGUCCUCAUGAGUUUGAAGAGGCUUGAUCAUAGAGUGGAUAGCAUUUCUUCGUCGGUUAGAACAGUAAUUAAUGUGAACGAUUUUAUUGGAGCUCAAGGUGAUGAUCAUGAUGGUACUCAUGACGACACAGAGGCAUUUAAGAAGGCUUGGGAGGUAGCGUGCUCAUCAUCAUCUGAAGGAGUUGUUGUUCUGGUGGUGCCUCAUAAAAAGUAUGGUCUUAAGCCAAUCAGAUUCUCAGGUCCUUGCAAAUCUGAUCUUACUAUGCAGAUUUCUGGAACCAUAGAAGCAUCAGAGGAUCAAUCAGACUACAGCCAAGAUGGCAGGCACUGGUUGCUGAUUGAGAGAGUUGAAAAUUUAUUAGUCGAAGGUGGUGGAACCAUCGAUGGCAAUGGGAAAAUGUGGUGGCAAAACUCAUGCAAAAUCAAUAAAACUCUGCCUUGCAAGAAUGCACCGACGGCAAUAACCUUCUAUCAAUGCACAAAUUUGAUUGUGAAGAACCUGAAGAUCCAAAACGCCCAACAAAUUCACGUUUCUUUUGAAAAAUGCAUGAAUGUUCGAGCUUCCUAUCUGAUUCUAACUUCACCAGAGAAAAGCCCCAACACAGAUGGAAUUCAUGUUACACGUACUCAAAACAUCCACAUAUCAAGCUGUGUUAUACGAACAGGUGAUGAUUGUAUUUCUAUUGUAAGUGGAUCCCGAAAGGUGCGAGCCACGAACAUAGCCUGUGGACCAGGUCAUGGAAUCAGUAUCGGAAGCUUGGGCUCUGGAAAUUCGGAAGCUCAUGUAUCAGAAAUAUUCGUGGAUCAAGCUAAGCUUUCUGGAACCACAAAUGGAGUGAGGAUCAAGACAUGGCAGGGAGGGUCAGGAAGUGCAAGCAACAUCAAAUUCCAGAACGUUGAAAUGCAUAAUGUGACUAACCCAAUUAUAAUAGACCAAAACUACUGUGACCAAGACCAAGCAUGCGAAGAACAGCACUCAGCUGUUCAAGUAGAAAAUGUGAUUUAUGAGAACAUUCAGGGGACAAGCGCUUCUGAUGUGGCCAUUAAAUUCGAUUGCAGCAAGAGCUUUCCAUGUCGAGGGGUUUUGUUGCGAAAUAUUAACUUGGAAGGUGGUGGAGGGAAAAUAGCAAAAGCUCUCUGCCGUAACGUGAAAUUGGCUGACAAAGGAAUUGUAUCCCCACGGUGCCCUCAAGAAGGCAGCCUGCAUUAUUGUACAAAUUAAUUUAUUUUAUGAAUAAUGCUAUAUGCAGUUGUGGAGUACGCAAGUAAUGUGCAAUCGCUUUGAAAAAUAGUGAGAUAUACUAUUUUCACUUUUUUUAAAAUGAUUGUACGGUGCUUGUGUACUUACGAUUGUAACUAUUAUUUCUCUUAAGAGUUAAUAUAGAAUAAACAAAAAUAAGUGUAGGGAUUUAAAUACAUGG